CUACCCGACAAACAACAAUAAAGGGGAAGGCAGUUAAACAGCAUUUUACCAGCAUCUUCAACCUUGGCCGGCCUCAACCUUUCUAGCUCUACUUGGAUAUUUCACAUUUCACAGUCUUCAUCUUUCAUCAAGAAUUUCCAGAAUUACAAGGAAUAUAGAGGAACAUACACAGAUCAAUCUAGGGAGGUCUAAAGAGGUAGGGUAGGGGCAAAGACAUGGCUUCUGAGACCAAAUCUACUGUGGUGAAGGUCAAACCCAUCAGCCAAGAUGGUGGUUCUUCUUCAUCAAAGCCCAAGGUUGAUUCAUCUCUCAUCAAGAAGAAGGCUGUUGAGAGCUCAACCAAACGGAUUGUUGUUGAUUCAAAGCCUAGAUCUACCUCCACCCCUAUAAAAACCGAGGUUAAAGGAAAAACAACAUUGAGUUCAUCGAAAAUGACAACAAAAACCACUACAGUCAAGACAAGAGAGAAGAAAGCUUACAGCUUGGCGGGCCAGAAGUUUGAUGUUCCUGAAGAGAGAGAACCAUUGAGGAUAUUCUAUGAGUCAUUAUCGAAACAAAUACCGUCAAGUGAAAUGGCAGAGUUUUGGAUGAUGGAACAUGGCUUGUUGUCACCUGAUAAGGCAAGGAAGGCAUAUGAGAAGAAGCAGAUUAGGCAAAAGCAACUUCGAACGGGAACUCCUAUAAAAUCUCCUCCACCACGGCCACCAAGUAAACCUGAGACUUCAAAAAAGCAGCAGCAGACUGUGUCAAAGAAUGGAGAAGUAAAAGCCAAGAAAAGAAUAAUUGAGAGCGAUGAUGACGAUGAUUUCAUACUUAGUCCCAAGAGGAGGAAAGGAUAAGAACCAAAAAAAAAAACAUCGUCUUUCUGUCUGUAUCAUGUGUAAUUUCAAUCAUGGUUUCUAAUUGACCCCAAAGAGGCAAGUGACUGAAACUCAUCAAACAGGCGAUAGAUCAAGACAUUCUUGUCAUUGUUGAUGUAUGCAAACAAAUAAAGGGAAAAUAAGUUCAGGAUUCUUGUUUAA